GUAUCCCGAUAGAUGCUAUCAAGUACGCUGUUGAAGUUGAAAAAAUCCGUUUCGAAGUUCUCUCCCGAGGGAGCAGUUUGGAGUGGAGCGAAGAAGCCGUGUGGAGCGAUCUUGUGAGUUAUCAGUGGUUUCGAGUCUCAAAGAAGGAAUGGAUGAUCUACAUAUUGAAGAUUGACAUCAAAGCACUGUUUUUUAUCUUGCAAAUUUUGACAUAAGGAACGGAGUUUUGUUGGGAAGACCAUGACUUCUUCUGUGCAUGACCAAUCAUCUAAUUCUGAUAAAGAUGUAGCAGAGGAGCAGCAAAAGCAAUCAGAACCACAAAUUGAACAGCACACUGCUGCAAAUGGAGUUGUCAAUGCAGGCGUGACAUCCCCACCUACCGAGUAUACAGCGCCGUCACAUGUUGAAGUGGGACAUGCUGUGGCUCAAGCUGCUUACCCGUAUCCAGAUCCUUACUAUAGAAGCAUAUUUGCCACAUAUGGUGCACAACCUAUGAUUCAACCUGCAUUGGUUGCGGUUCAACCUGGUGUUCCAUUGCCAUCAGAUGCAGUUGAAGAGCCUGUUUAUGUGAAUGCUAAGCAAUAUCAUGGUAUCUUGCGUCGCCGACAAUCCCGUGCAAAAGCUGAGUCAGAAAACAAAUUGAUCAAGUCUAGGAAGCCCUACCUGCAUGAAUCUCGACAUUUGCAUGCCAUGAGAAGAGCUAGAGGAUGUGGUGGUCGGUUUCUCAAUUCUAAGACUGAGGAUAAAGAGAUGCAGCUUGAGGGAACACCAUGUGAUGAACCACAGUCAAAUAACAAUCACAACUGUGACAAAAAUCAAGAGCCUUCCUCAGAGAGGGCAUCUUAGAAUAACCGCAUCUGUGGCAAUACUGCAACAAACAGAAGCAAAUAAUGGGCCUAGCAAAGAUGAUUUUACGUAGAACAAUAGCCAGGAAACUUGGUACCUGGUGGGUCUACUAUGGUCUUGGUGUUUCUGGUUCAGUACAAGUCAUGUUCUUGAGCUUAUAGGAGUAGUCAGAUCUGAAGUAUGUAUAGCCCUUUUGAUAGGUAAUUUGUAGGAAGGUUGCAGAAUUGACUCAAGCAAUUAACUUAGGAGCUCGGGCCGUGGUGUGUUUGUGCAGAUGGAAUGGAUAUUCCUCUAGUCAUUUGAUAUUUGUUUGUAGGGAGAGAGAUGAUAAAAAUUUUCUUGUAGGAAGUUUUAGCAGUCCCUUGUAAUGCAUCUGUAUAUGUGUUUGUGUGAUGCUACACGUUUGUCUUGUAAUAUGGAGUAGCAAUUGGGAGGGAUGCGUGCCACUUUCACCCAUU